AUGGCCCAACUCAACCCCCUCGGGCACAUCUCGAUCGGCGUGCGGGACUACGCCGUCUCCAAAGCCUUCUACAGCGCAGCACUCGCCCCCCUCGGGCUCAAACUCGUCUACGACAGCGAGGCGUCCCCCUCACCCAGUACCCCCAGCUCCCCCAACACCACCACCACCAAAAAAGUGCGCACCCUCGGCUACGGCCGCGACGCCCAGCACGAAGUCCUCAACAUCUUCGAGUUCGGGUCCGAGGCGGCCGCGCCCGGGCCGGGGUUCCACCUCGCGUUUGACGCGCCGAGCCGCAUGGCGGUGGUGGGCUUCCACGCGCAGGCAACCGGCGCGGGCGGGACUGAUAACGGGCUGCCCGGGGUGAGGAGGCACUACGGCGCGAGCUACUUCGCUGCGUUUGUGGUUGAUCCGGAUGGGUGGCGGUUGGAGGCGGCUGGAAAGAAAGAGAGGGCGGCCUCCACGUGAUGGAUGGCAUGUUGAUGCGUGGAAACUGUGGAAUUGGGGACACGACGGCUAUGAGUGACUUGAGUACUACCUAAUUCUGCGUGAAUUUCAAGGUACCUGUAUGGAAUUAUGCAAUACCUGUCUCGUUUUUCUGAGCGAUAGAGCAGGCUGCUUCUUGGGAAGGCGCGUAGAACCUCGGUAUGUUUGGCCAGAUGGCAUCAAAUACGCGAUUCUACUAUGCCCACCUUUCGCAAAUGUGGCCGUUGUGGCCCUCUUUCUCAACUCCUCUCCUCAAACUGGACUGCAAA